UAAAACAUUACAAAAGCAUCUGUGUGAUAAUUUAUUUACAUUAAUUUCAACACCCUUAUUCUGUUAUAUUCAGUUUGGUUAUUUCUUUAAUUUCAUUUUCUCAGCUACCUGUAGAGUAACCUCCUGUGGGUAUCUUCUUCACUGCAUCUCUGAGAGGAAGCUGCAAAGAAACUUGCAGCGCAUGAAGGAUUAAGACGAACAUCUGCGGACCAACAAAUCGAACUGGUGGCUUCAUUGUCUGUAACCAUCACUGCUUUACUUGAAGAAAUCUGUGAAAGUCUGCCAUAUCUCCGGCCUGCACAAAGUCUCCCAUCAUGCCCGUGCUUGUGUCACCGCCCUCUAAGCUGUUCUGGGUUCGAGUUCUUGCUAUGGUGUUCUCUUGUGUUGCAUUCAGUGUUGCAAAGAAAGAAGCCUUUCUGCCGCGUGAAGGCAUGUCUGACUGGUGCAUGUUCUGCUGGGUGUUCAGCUUCACCUGCACCCUCAUCGUGGUGCUGGGGGACCUGUUCAGUGUUGAAACUUUGAUCCCGGUGUCCUGGUUGAAUUUCUCCAUCACUGUUGCCUGCUAUGGUGCGCUCUUCUGUCUGUCGGCAUCCGUCAUCUUCCCACUGUUUUUCAUCAGUAAUGAGGUGUUCUACGACAACAAGAUCUAUGGCUUUCGCAUCGUCUCCACGGUCUUCUCCUGUCUGGCAACAGUGGGAUACACAAUGGUGGUGAACAGGUCCAGAGCCAGUUCCACAGAGGUGGCAGGUUACAUGACCACGGAUCCGGGGUUGAUGAAAGUGUUUCAGACCUUUGUGGCCUGUGUGAUCUUCCUCCUGGUGAGCAACCCCGUGUCAUACAAUGGAUAUGGUCCUCUACAGUGGUGCUUAGCCGUGUACUGCAUCUGCUUCAUCCUCUCCAUGGUUAUGGUGAUGAUAUGUGUGGGAGAGAGCACCGGCUGCCUACCCAUUUCUUUUCCUAAUCUCCUGUUGGCACACGGAUUCCUGGGCGUUGCCAUGUAUGCGUCCGCCACCGUCCUCUGGCCUAUGUAUCAGUUUGAUGAGCAAUACGGAGGCAACAGCAUCAAACACAGCCAUGAGAUCGCCGUGGCUGCACUCACUGGUUACAACCUCCUGCUCUACACGGUUGAUCUGGCAUACUCUGCCAAACUCGUCUUUAUCACCAUCAAUCGUGAGGAAAUUGAAACUACAGUCACUGUGCAGCUUUAAAGACAGAAAUCUAUGUUUACUCUAGGAUUUUUACCUUAAAAGUUGGUGAUUUUCAUAUGCAUUUGCCUCAUGUGUGUUCAGAC